AUGAGUCCAAUUGUGUUGCUUUCCGUGCUUUUAUUAAUAUCCCGAAAUAUCCGCGGAUGGCAUAUCGCAUUUCCAAACAACAGCGGGACCGACAGCAAUGAUCUUCGCGAAACUACGUUUCAGCCGGCCUUUAUAUUUCCAGGGACAAAAUGGUGCGGCAGUGGUAAUAUAGCGGAUGGUCCGAAUGAUUUGGGAGUAUUUGCGAUGACUGACGCAUGUUGUCGCGAACACGAUAAUUGCAAAGAUAUAAUCGAACCGAUGCAGACCAAACACGGCCUGACCAAUUCUGCUUUUUAUACCAGUAAUCUGAUAAAGCGUCGUGAAAUGUGCAAAAUCAGGCUACACUGCUCCUGCGACGAGAGGUUCUACGACUGUCUCCACAGCUCGGAGGAACUCGUUAGCGCGAAGGUCGGCUUCCUCUACUUCAGUGUGUUAGACACGAAGUGCUUCCGCGAAGACUAUCCCAUCGUUGGCUGCAAACGGCAUUCACUACGCUGUUUGGAGUACGAGCUGGACGAAAGCCAACCGAAGAUGUAUCAGUGGUUCGACGUACCCACGUAUUUCCAAAACGACCACCGGAUGGUGAUGGCCGGCCGUCAUAUUCGAUCACUCGAUUCCAGCACCUCAUUCGCAGACCGAUAGAAGUCUAUUUUGCGGAAUCGCCGACCACUGGAGGAAACGUCAUACGCGUGUAGAAUCGUAUAAAUUCGCAAUCGACUAUGCCUGUCAACGUAGUUAAAUAAGUGCCAAUAAAA